CACACACACACACACACACACACACACACACACACACACCUUAUCGGACUUUAACAACAUCACACGCACGGGGGAGACACAACGCCUGUGACUUUCCAUCCCGGGAGAUCCAGACAUGAUGCCCAGUUUGCCGGGCGGCGGCAGGACAACGAGCGGAGCCACGGGCACCAUCCUAUCGGCGUGUCUGGUCUCCGCCUGUCAAGCGCUCCAGAGCUGCGGGGAGGUCCAGUGCGGCGACGGCCAGCAGUGCUGUCCGCCCAUCGUGGCCGGGAACGGCAGCGCCAGCUCCGCGGUGCGCUGCUGCAAGCUCCCCAUCCACAUCUUCUUCGACAACGUGGGCUGGUUCACGCGGAAGCUGUCGGGCAUCCUGAUCCUGCUCCUGCUCUUCGCCAUGGGCUACUUCAUCCAGCGGAUCAUCUGCCCGCGGCCCCGCCGGCACCCGCACCACGACCGCAGCGAGGAGCCCUCCCUCUUCCACGGGCACGCGUCAGCGUCCCAGGACUCCCUGCUGGACCGGUACCCCGAGUACAGCCUGGGGGACUUCACCUCCCCCAGCCUGCCGGCCUACGACGAGGUCAAAUACUUGCCCACGUAUGAGGAAAGCAUGCAGGAGAUGCACAGGGACCGGUCGGAUGAUAACUUGCUGGCGGAACAUGAGAGUCGGGGGAGAGUGAGAGCUGCGGGACCGAGGGCUGGAGAGCAGAGGCGGGAUGUCCUGGAGGUGUCAGGACCGCAACACAGCCCAAGGACAUCACGAAACUCAGUGUGACGGAGAAUGAGACAAUAUAGUAUUCUUAUUUUAAUACCAUCAGGGUGAUCAUCCUGCUGAGAUACAAACUCAAGUGCAAUUAUAAUCCUGAAUGUCCAGAAUAAAGGA